AUGUCAGCAGAAGACGUUCUUGACCUCGAUGAUUCCUUUCAGAGCUGGUCGGGAUUGAGCAGAAACGCGUCCAAUCAAGAUGUAGGAGGCUCGAGGACCCACCUAGUGGAUUCGGAUGAGGAAGAGGUGGAUCACAUACCUUGGAAGGGAGGUCCGUUUCCAAGGGCCUCGUCCCAUCCACAAGCGCAACAGGAUGAUCGAACUAAACGAGACUCGAGCUUGCAAGAGGCAGCAAAGCGAAGAUUGCCGAGCUUUGAGAACAUUCAACAACACUGUUCCACCGGACGAUUUGAUCUCUUAUGGAGGCUCAUGUCGGAAUGUAUUCCGGAGGAUAAAGUCUCGAUUCAAAGAGAGAUAGUAAGGCAUGUGGAAUACACUCUGGCAUGUACUAGACUCAACUUUGCGAAAAAGCAUGCUUUCCAGGCUACAGCGCACUCGCUUCGAGAUAGGAUGGUUGAAAGGUUCAAUGAUACUGAACAACUCUUUGAUGAUGUGCGAGCACGGAGAGUCUAUUACCUUUCACUCGAGUUUUUGAUGGGUCGAACAUUGUCGAACUGUGUUCACAGCUUGGGCUUGGUGGGCAAGUAUAGCGAAGCUCUCGAUGAGCUGGGGUUUCAACUGGAAGAACUGUAUGAGGAGGAAAAGGACGCGGCACUUGGCAAUGGAGGCCUCGGCAGACUUGCUGCGUGCUUCAUGGACUCUUUGGCGACACUCAAUUAUCCCGCAUGGGGGUAUGGCCUGAGGUACUCUUAUGGCCUCUUCGAGCAGAGAAUCCACAACGAUAGCCAGAUUGAACUUCCCGACUGCUGGUUGACCGACGGGAAUCCAUGGGAGGUUGAAAGGCUUGACGUGCAGUAUUCGAUUCGAUUCUACGGACAUGUAAACUUGGUACAAGUGAAUGGGAGGAUCAAGUCUUGCUGGGAAGGAGGAGAUUUGGUACAGGCAGUCGCUUACGACAACCUGAUUCCUGGUCAUAGAACGAGAAACACGUUGAACCUGAGGCUAUGGGCUUCUAGGCCGACACGCCAACUUGACAUGGAACUUUUCAAUGAAGGAGAUUACCAGGGAGCUCUCGACGCGCGACAAAGGAGUGAAAACAUCACUUCAGUGCUAUAUCCCAACGAUUCUUCCUACAGCGGGAAAGAGCUCCGGCUCAAGCAGCAGUACUUCCUUGUCGCUGCCACUAUCCGUGACAUCCUGGCGAGAUUUAGCAAGACACAAGAGUCUAUCAUUGACCUUGCAAAGCAUGUCUGCAUCCAACUCAACGACACUCACCCGGCGCUGGGCAUUGUUGAGCUGCUCCGCAUCCUCCUAGACGAGGAGGACCUGCCGUGGGAUCAGGCAUGGGACAUAACGACCAACAUCUUCAAUUACACCAAUCACACCGUGCUGCCUGAAGCGUUGGAGAAAUGGAGUGUGAGCAUGAUCGAACGUCUAAUUCCAAGGCACAUGCAACUCAUCUGGGAAAUAAAUCACCGAUUUCUCCAGCUAGUCAGCCUGCGCUGGCCGGAUGAAACAAGCAGACUUGCAGCGAUGUCCAUCAUAGAGGAGCCUGGAGCUGGAAAGGAUGGUGUCAACGGAGAAAAGCUUGUCAGGAUGACACACCUGGCCAUCGUGGGCUCAAAAUAUGUCAACGGGGUUGCAGAAAUGCAUACGGAGAUCUUGAAGCAAGGUCUUUUCAGGGUCUUUUACGAGCUAUGGGAUCACAAGUUUCAAAACAAAACGAAUGGUGUUACCCCGAGGCGAUGGUUGCAGCAGGCCAACCCUGCCUUGUCAAAACUUUUGUCCUUGGCAUGCGCGUCAGACUCCUGGUGUUGGGAUAUGUCCCUGCUGCGACGUCUGAGAAGUACUUGCAAUGAUUCCAAGCUGCAAGAGCAAUGGCGUGCCGUGAAGCGAGGAAAUAAGCAGCGUUUAGCUAUGCUGAUUGACAAGGAAUGCGGGGUCAAACUCGACCUCGACAUGCUUUACGACGUACAGGUGAAACGAAUCCAUGAGUACAAACGGCAGCUCCUCAACGUUGUUGGGAUCAUUCAUCGGUACUCGGAGCUGAAACGCAUGCGGCGAGACGCGCCCGGGCUGUUGGCUGUCGUUCCUCGCGCUUUCAUCCUAGGCGGGAAAGCGGCACCGGGAUAUUACAUGGCGAAGCUUGUUCUGAAGCUAAUACUGCACGUUGCCAAAGUUGUCAACGCAGACAAGGAUACCAAUCAAUUCCUCAAGGUUGUUUUCAUACCGAACUACAACGUCAAGCUUGCAGAGAUCAUCAUCCCCGGUUCUGACAUCAGUCAGCAUCUCUCAACUGCUGGGACUGAGGCCAGUGGCACGAGCAACAUGAAGUUUGCAAUGAACGGAUGCUUGUUGUUGGCCACUCUCGACGGCGCUACGGCAGAGAUUCGACGCGAGGUCGGGGAGGACAACGUCUUCAUCUUCGGAAGUCGAGCCCAAGACGUUGAGAGGAUCCGAAAGGAACAGAGAAAUCAAUGUUGCAGCUGGAGUGUGGACCCGAGAUUUUACAAUGCCUUGUCGAGAAUCCGGGAAGGCGACUUUGGUCCCCCAAGUCAGUUCGAGGACCUUCUCGAGUCCUUGAGGAGCGAGAGGGAUCAGUACCUCGUGGGCGUUGACUUCGGCUCGUAUUUGGAAGCCCAGGCACGGGUUGACAGGACUUGGCAACAGCCCGAGGAAUGGACGAGAAAGUCGAUCUUGUGCUGUGCUGGGAUGGCGAAAUUCAGCAGCGACAACACCAUAAGGCAAUACGCGGAAGACAUCUGGAAGGUGCGUUGA